AUGAAGCAUGGUCGCGCGUCUAUCCCAACGCCAGAAUCAAGCAAAUCAUUCUGGCAUAGCGAGCCGAAUGAGUUCCUGCUUGGUCAUCGUACUACCGACGAGUUACCAGCCGAAGCUGACAUCGUCAUUGUGGGAAGCGGUAUAACUGGCACGUCUGCGGCCAGAUAUCUUGCAGAAGAUGAGCGGGCCAAGGGAAAGAGCAUCGUGUUGCUUGAGGCCCGGGAAGCAUGUUGGUGUGCCACUGGAAGGAAUGGCGGACACUGCCAACCCCUCCUCUUCGAUCGCGCCUUCGACGUGGCAGAAUUCGAGCUCAAAAACGUCGCAGCCGUACGCUCGUACAUCAAAGACAACAACGUCCCCUGCGAAUGGCGCGAUGUAUCCGGCUGCCGUACCUUCUGGACGCCAGAAGCCAUGGACGAAGCCGAACGAGAAGUCGCCCAUCUGCAAAAAGUGGCCCCAGAGAUUGCACGCCACGUCACCGUCAUAAAAGACGCAGAGUCUUUCAAAAAGCACCGCAUUGCCGCUGGGUGCGUCGGCGCAACACUCAGUGAAGGUGCGGCGAGUUUGUGGCCCUACAAGCUGGUGACGUUCAUCUUGGAGAAGCUGGUCAAGGAGAGACGGAUCAAUCUCCAGACUACCACACCAGUGAAUGAAAUUACGUCCGAGGGUGGCAGACACACACUGCACACACCCCGUGGCACGAUUACAACACCCACCCUCAUCCUCGCAACGAAUGGCUACACGUCUGCUCUGCUCCCCCAUUUUGCAGACCUCAUCGUGCCCGUGCGCGGAGAGAUGAGCGCCCUCCUUCCCCCCAAGGGCUCCACUCUCCUGCCAAACUCAUACGGCAUGGUCGCUGCCCUAGGCCAACCCGCAAACAACGACGACUACCUGAUCCAACGGCCAUACGCCGGCGUGCCCAACCCAAAGGGGCACUUGAUGUUCGGCGGCGGCCGAGGUGCCGGCCAUCUACCCAGCAUCGGGGUCUCAGAUGACACGAUCGUCGACGACGGCGCAGCGACAUAUCUCCGCAGCGCGCUGCUCAAAGUCCUCGAUCUAGACGGCGAAACCGCGGGCGUCGAGCAACUCGAGGCCGCGGCAGAGUGGACGGGCAUCAUGGGCUACAGUCGCGACGACCACCCGUGGGUGGGCAAGGUGCCGGACAAGGAGGGUCUGUGGCUGUGCGCUGGCUACACGGGACAUGGCAUGCCAAAUGGCACGUUGUGCGGGAAGGCGGUGGUGCACAUGGUGCUUGGGGAACUCGAGGGCAAGGCAUGCGAAGCGCUGGCAGAGCAGCUGGUCUCAAAGGGGAAUCUGCCGAGGAGUUAUGUGUUGACAAAGGAGCGGGUGGAGCGGGCGAGGCGCAUGUUGACGGUGCAGCAGCAGGAUGAGAGGGGUGUUGUGCAUAUGCAUGGUGUGGUGUAG